CCCAGUCCCACGGGGACUUGCGGGAGCAAUUUUAGUGUGAAAGAAUGACAACAGCUACGUGACCCAGUGGAUGCAUUGUACAAGAGGGCAUUAGUUACAUCUGCCAACUUUACUGAACUCUUCCUUAAGUUCAACCCCUAUUUUAUUUUAGAAGUGGAAAGACAAAGUAGGUUUUGAUGUUUUGUGUGGAAUCAACUGAAUUAGGAGCCAUCAUGAAUAUAACAAAGGGUGGGCUGGUGCUGUUUUCUGCUAAUUCCAAUUCAUCUUGCAUGGAACUAUCAAGGAGAAUUGCUGAACGCCUAGGGUUAGAGAUGGGUAAAGUUCAGGUCUAUCAGGAGCCAAACAGAGAAACAAGAGUGCAAAUUCAAGAGUCAGUGAGAGGAAAAGAUGUCUUUAUCAUCCAAACAGUUUCAAAGGAUGUGAAUACUACGAUCAUGGAGCUCCUGAUCAUGGUGUAUGCUUGUAAAACCUCCUGUGCCAAAAGCAUUAUUGGAGUGGUUCCCUACUUCCCAUACAGCAAGCAGUGCAAGAUGAGGAAAAGGGGCUCCAUUGUCUCUAAAUUACUGGCUUCGAUGAUGUGCAAAGCUGGUCUAACUCACCUUAUUACUAUGGAUUUACAUCAGAAGGAAAUACAGGGGUUCUUUAAUAUUCCAGUUGAUAAUUUGAGAGCAUCUCCAUUCUUACUUCAGUACAUUCAAGAAGAGAUCCCAGAUUACAGGAAUGCUGUGAUUGUAGCCAAAUCACCUGCGUCUGCAAAGAGAGCACAGUCGUUUGCUGAGCGCUUGAGGCUGGGAAUAGCUGUGAUUCAUGGGGAAGCUCAAGAUGCUGAAUCUGAUCUGGUGGAUGGUCGACAUUCACCUCCUACAGUCAAAAGUGUAUCUGCUAUUCAUCCUAGUUUGGAGAUACCCAUGCUGAUUCCAAAGGAAAAACCACCCAUCACAGUUGUUGGAGAUGUAGGAGGAAGAAUAGCCAUCAUUGUGGAUGACAUCAUAGAUGAUGUUGACAGCUUCCUUGCAGCAGCAGAGACUCUCAAAGAAAGGGGAGCAUACAAGAUUUUUGUCAUGGCGACUCAUGGCCUGCUGUCUUCAGACGCUCCCAGGUUGAUAGAAGAAUCUGCUAUUGAUGAAGUUGUUGUAACCAACACGAUUCCACAUGAAAUACAGAAACUCCAGUGUCCCAAAAUUAAGACAGUGGAUAUCAGUAUGAUCCUCUCAGAAGCCAUUCGCAGAAUCCAUAAUGGGGAAUCCAUGUCAUAUCUUUUCAGAAAUAUAGGACUAGACGAUUAAUCUCUUCUUUUUAUUGUAAAGAAAAUACCAAGGGCCAAACUGGAAGCUUAUAGAAAACAAGCUGUGAAGCAUCAUGCUUACCUUAAUAUUUCAAUUGAGUCAUUUUUGUUUUGUUGUAUUUCUUGGUUUAAAUUUAAAGUUAGACCAGAUUUUGGUAGCUAUUUUUCUUUGCAGUUUUAGAAAAGGACAAAUGUUUUCCAAAAAGAAAAAAAAAUGUUCUAGAUGCUUUUAGGUUAGUUGCACUAUAUAUGGAAAACAAACACUUGAGGCAAGAAUUUAGCUCAAACUAAACAUUCCUUUUCCAAAGCUGCUUGCUACAAGUGCUUUAAAAAGUUGAUAAAAUGAAGUGACUGUAUAAUAUUUGCAUUUUAAAAGCCAAAAAGGUUGUACUGUUGUAUGCAGUUAAGUGACAUUUUUGUAGGAGUGCUUUUAUAGAAAAGCAUAUGAAAUAUGCACCUGUAUUUAUUUUCUGCCACAAAGAAUAAAGAUUUGUUUUGUGUGAACUUUUAAAAAAUG